CGGGCGGUGCCUUGGCCCGGGGCCCGCAGGCUGCCGCCCGGCGCGGGGCCGGCGGGGGCGGCGCGGGCCCCUCCUGCCCGGGCUGCUGGGAGUUGUGGUCCGGGGAGCGGCGCGGAACGGGCGCGGAGCGGGCGCAGAUUCUCCCGGGUGCUGCAUUUCAGGAUGAUCCGCCCAGGAGCGCAGACGGGGACCCUCCGGGCACGUGGCUGCUGACCCCGUGGCUCUGGCUCCCCCCGGCCUCCCCACGAGCCGCUGGUGGCCGCUGCCCAUGCGGAGGUGCCGGGCGCGCUGGGGACAGCCGCAGCUCCGCUCCCCCAUGGCAGACCUGCAUGGUGUGGGUGCCCCUGAGGAGCGCCAGGACUGACCGCCGGGCCCCCCUGCGCGCCACCCGCUGCGCCAACAUGUCCGUGGAGUGGCUGGUGGACUGGAGCUGGUCCCUGGACGGCCUGCGGGAUUUCAUCGCCACGGGCAUCCAGUCCUUCCGCGACUGCGACGCCACCGCCCUGGCCGCCGUCGCCUGCCUGCUGGUGCUGUUCGUGUGGUACUGCUACCACGUGGGGCGCGAGCAGCCCCGCGCCUACGCCACCGUCAACGCCCUGAUGCAGAGCGCCGAGGCCAACGGCGUGCAGAACGGGUACGUCUACUGCCACUCGCCCGAGUGCGUGCGCUGCACGCACCACGACGGGCUCAACCAGAAACUCUACCACAACCUGCAGGAGUACGCCAAGCGCUACUCCUGGUCCGGCAUGGGCAGGAUCCACAAGGGCAUCCGCGAGCAGGGCCGCUACCUCAACAGCCGGCCGUCCAUCCAGAAGCCAGAAGUCUUCUUCCUGCCGGACUUGCCCACCAUGCCCUACUUCGCCCGGGACGCUCAAAAGCACGACGUGGAGUUGCUGGAGCGCAACUUCCAGACCAUCCUGUGCGAGUUUGAGACCCUCUACAAAGCGUUCUCAAACUGCAGCCUCCCGCAAGGAUGGAAAAUGAACAGCACGCCCAGCGGGGAGUGGUUCACCUUCUACCUGGUGAACCAGGGCAUGUGCGUGCCCAGGAACUGCAGGAGAUGCCCACGGACGUACCGCUUGCUCGGCAGCCUUCGCACCUGCAUUGGGAACAAUGUCUUUGGGAACGCUUGCAUCUCCGUGCUGAGCCCGGGCACCGUCAUUGCGGAGCACUACGGACCCACCAACAUCCGCAUCCGCUGCCACCUAGGUCUGAAGACCCCCAGCAACUGUGAGCUCGUGGUGGGGGGCGAGCCGCAGUGCUGGGCGGAGGGGCGCUGCCUGCUGUUCGACGACUCCUUCCUGCACACCGCCUUUCACUGAAGGUCCCCCGGAGGAGGGUCCCCGCGUGGUCUUCAUGGUGGAUCUGUGGCACCCCAACGUGGCAGCCGCCGAGCGCCAAGCCCUCGACUUCAUCUUCGCCCCAGGACGCUGAGGGCGCUGCCUCGCUGUGGGGGUGAGGGCAGCCGGGACCCGGCUUCGUGCUGGUGGUGCCACCGCAGCCCCAGCGCCACCGCCCGCCCCGGGAGGCCGCUCACGGCACGGCGCUGGGGGCUCCCCUCGGGGUCUUGUAAAUGGAAACGUCGACGUGUCUCAACGCCCAUCUCCUCCCGCCCAUCACUGGCUUCAGGGAUCCCCCUCCACCACGCCGGUGCAUUUCCUUCCCUCCGUGGUUAGACGCAGCACCACUCCCGUACGUGUUAUGUUGCUACCGUGUUUUGCAGUGUUCAGAAGUAGAGUUACCGGGGUGUUUGUUUGAGUGUGAUAGUGUACAAUUUCUCGUGGCCAUCCAAAGGACAACGCUCCUGUGCCAGCACAGCCGAGCAGCGGAGCGCAGUGCUCAGCCUGCCCCUGUCCCGUUUUGGGGCCGUGCAGAUGGACGGACAGACGGACAGACGGGCAGCAGCAGGCACCGAGCACCUCCUGGGGGCAGACCCAGCACCGGGCACGGCCAGCUCUGCUCUUUGACCUUGCCAGAGGUGUUACCCAUUGCCUAAAUCCCCUCCUUGUGUUAUCGGCGACCCUUGUUUUCCACGAGUCGAGGCUGGGAAGCCCCCGCAGGGGCAGGGAGGCGUUUGGCUUUGGGGGGGCUGCAGCCGCAGGGCAGGGUGGCUCGGUGCUGCCGUGCCCCUGCCCGAAGCACCGCACCGUGGGUGCUGCCCCUGCGCUGCUCCUCUGCUCGGAGAGGGGCCGGGUGCCUCCCCCACCCCCUGCCCUGCCCGGGGGGACGCAGCCCAGCUCCGCAGCGACUUCUUUACAGACUUCUGAGUGAUCAGAUUGCAAGGGAAGGCAGAGAUUUCAAAUACAUCCAAGAUAUUUUUUACACCUGUCUUGUUACCGAAUAUCCGAAGUGCAUGAUUUCUACCAUGAUUUCUACAUGCAUUGAUUACUUGGAAACAGACUCUGAGGAAGCAGGCUGGCUUGGCAACUGUCUUACAGUUUGGUAACAUUCAUACAGUGGAUAAGCAAAGAUUAUCAAUAAACCGUUGUGCUGAAAACAGA